GUUACGAUGAGUGAUUUUUUUGGAGGGGCCUAUCGUUCUGAAUGUAGCUGUAAGCACGAUCUCAAGUGUCUACGGAGGUCAUCCCGGAGGCCUGGGAGGAGCAAAAGGCUAUGAAAUUACACUGGCAGCCAGGUCUCACAUUUGAGUAGUAUCUCAGCCUUAUUUUCCCUCUCGUUCUCCGUCGCUCGUUGGUCCUUUCUCUUGCUCCCAAACGCUAUCUACUGCAUCCAUGAUCUCUGGCAUACUCAUCGACUCGCCCGAAUACGAGGAACGGAAGCGAACAACCUUUGCCCCACCAAAGAUUUCGUUUUCCGAGAUUCAAUCGGCAGUUCCAAAGCAUCUUUUUGAGAAAUCCAGCCUGAAAGCGUUGUCCUAUGUGUUCCGCGACGUCUCUUUUGCUUAUGCCUUCUACCGAGCUGCUCUAUUCAUCGAUCCUUUUGUGCACGAGCUCGCAGUCCAGCAACGUUUCGGGUUCAUCGCAUGUAGCCUCAUUAGGUGGUCGUUGUGGAUCACCUAUUGGUGGUUUGAGGGUGUUAUCCUAGCAGGCUGGUGGUGUCUAGGUCAUGAAGCGGGCCACGGAACACUUUCUCCUUACGAAUGGCUUAAUACGGUCCUAGGGUACUCCCUUCAUAGUUUUCUACUGGUGCCUUAUUUUGCGUGGCGUUCUACCCAUCAUGCACACCAUAGCAAAGCUAAUUCGGUCGAAUUCGAUGAAAACUACGUUCCUCGAACGCGAACGGACUUCGCCUUACCUGAAGAAUCCAAAGCUCGACCACUUGACUAUUCCGAAGCGUUCGAGGAGGCCCCGAUAUAUACCCUCUUCCGCAUGCUUGCAAUGCAGCUUCUCGGGUGGCAAAGCUACCUUCUGCAGAACACUCUGGGGUCGCCAAGGUACCCACCCGGUACAAAUCAUUUCGAUCCUGAUUCGCCUUUGUUCAGACCGACUGAACGCAAUUCGAUCAUCAUGUCAAAUAUUGGUUUGGCUGGAAUGUCGACUCUACUCGGAUUGUAUAUUCGUCAAGCAGGUUUCUCGAGCUUCUUCAGAUUGUAUUUCAUUCCAUACUUGCUUGCGAACCAUUGGAUCGUGAUGCUCACCUUCUUGCAUCACACUGAUCCUACUAUUCCCCAUUACCGGAAUACGCAAUGGUCCUGGCUUCGAGGGGCGUUGGCGACUGUGGAUCGACCUCUCCUUGGGUUCUUUGGUAGAUUUUUCUUGCACAAUGUCUCUCAUGACCACAUUGCGCAUCAUCUGUUCCCCCGGAUUCCUUUCUAUAACCAGCCUCAGGUCACAGAAAUUGUAAAGAACAUCCUCAAAAAGGACUACAACUAUGACUCAACGAACACUAUGCGCGCACUUUAUAGGUCGUUCACUCAAUGUUGUUUCAUCGAGGACGAGGGGGAUAUCGUAUUCUAUAAGGACCGCCGGGGCAAACCGCAUCGCAUCCUAGCAAAGCAAUGAAUGGCCAUGGGGUGUUUCGUAUUUCAUUCGUUAGAUUUCAUAUUAUUACCUGUGCAUCAGACUGUCCUCAGGAAAAACACUAAGAAUGAUGAUUGAGUGUAUUUGGGAUGUAAGUCUGGUGGGGACCAUCAAUGUAUAAGAAUUCUGCCCUAUGCUGGUUGAGAAGCUAGACUUGAGCUAGACAUCCGAUGAUAUCGGUACUGAGUGGAGACGGCUGGGGAACCCAGAGUCGAAGAAAAUAAUCUAGAGUUCACAAG